UCUCGCGAGAGCAGCGGCUUCAGGAACACGGACAAUGGGGGCGCACCGGAAGUAUACGUCUCGCUUCCGUUUCCUUGGCCAGAAGCGGAAGAAACUCCAUCAGGCCGGCAUGGCGGCGGCGUGGCUGGGCUUCCUGCUCCUAUGUGGCCUGGUUGCCUUCGGCAUUUCGGCGCCGGCGGACACAGAGAAGGAUGCCUCAAAGGAGGAACGGAUUGCUGACCCAGCACCAGGGACUCCCAAAGAGAGCGUAGUUCCUGGACUCUCCCAAGGCAAUGAGUUUCAUGCACAGUCUUCUCCCCCGAAGCCAAAAGCUGCUGAUUCCAAGCAAUCUUCCCAACAGGCAGGUGCCCCUGAACACUCCCAAGAUGAUGAGUCUCCUCCACAGGAGGAGAACCACAUGCUAAAACCUACUGGUUCCAAGCAACCUCCCCAACUGACAGGUGCCCCUGGACGCUCCCAAGGUGAUGAGUCUCCUCCAAAGCUGCCUCCCAAUAAGCUAAAACCUGGUGGUUCUGAUCAACCUCUCCAACAGCAAGAUGCCCCUGGACGCUCCCAAGGUGAUGAAUCUCCUCCAAAGCUGCCUCCCAAUAAGCUAAAACCUGGUGAUUCUGAUCAACCUCUCCAACAGCAAGAUGCCCCUGGACGCUCCCAAGGUGAUGAGUCUCCUUCAAAGCUGCCUCCCAAUAAGCUAAAACCUGGUGAUUCUGAUCAACCUCUCCAACAGCAAGAUGCCCCUGGACGCUCCCAAGGUGAUGAGUCUCCUCCAAAGCUGCCUCCCAAUAAGCUAAAACCUGGUGAUUCUGAUCGACCUCCCCAAGAGCAAGAUGCCCCUGGACGCUCCCAAGGUGAUGAGUCUCAUGCACAGUCUUCUCCUGAUAAGUUAAAACCUGUUGGUUCCAAGCAACCUUCCCAACAGCAAGAUGUCCCUGGAAACUUUCAAGAUAAUCAGUCUGAAGAAGAUCAAGAGGACGACAAAGGAGGUGAAGAGGGAGAGGAGACUCUAGAAGACCCCCAGCCUAAGCAUGAUACGGGGAACUCCCGGGCCAGUCCACCGCCCAAGAAUGGACCUGAAAACAGCCACUUCUUUGCCUAUUUGGUGACCACAGCCAUUGUUGUUGCUGCCUUAUAUAUUGCUUACCACAAUAAACGGAAGAUUAUUGCCUUUGCUCUCGAAGGGAAAAAAUCGAAGUUAACCCGAAGACCCAAAUCCAGUGACUAUCAGCUACUGGAACCAAAGAUCUAAAAGUAAACCCAGAAAUUCCUACAUGAUGCUGUGUUGAAUAAAAAAAAAACCCUUGUUCCCGUUAUGGGCACAAACAAAACAUGGAAGAAGUCUUGCCUUCCGUCAUGAAUGAGUACAGCUCCGAAGCCUAUCAGCUCUGCUGCUGUGCCCCGGGGGAGGGAGGAGCAAGAAGUGCUUUUUCUUGUGCACGUGCACUUUGGAAAUGAUUAUGCCUCAGUCUUUCUAUCCAAUGUUUGUACACCUUUUGGCUACUUGAAGUUGAACUGUUUCCCCCCAUACUGCAACAGAAGAACCCAAAGGGGAUAGUGUGUGUGUGUGUGUGUGUGUGCAUCUCCUCAAAUGAUGUGGUGCAUGAUUUCUAUUGUGUCAAAGGGCUGGAUUUAGGAGGCACUGUGCCUAUCGAACGCACAGCUUGGCUUCCUCGCCUCCUAGGUUCCUGGCAUUUUCAUAAUAAUUGAUCUGGUGAGUUUGUAGUUGACUUUGAUGAAGGCUGUCGACUGCUGUCCAUGGUAUUGACCAGAAGUUCCCCUUGUGCUCCAUUGCGGUAGUUGAGGCAUGUUUUGCCACACAGACCAUUUGGAUGUCUUCUGUUUGUAGAUGGCAAUUUUGAGAAAUAAUUAUUCAACAACAAAACUGCUAGAGAUGUCAGAAUACAUGAAAAGGCAGGAUCAUCAUGCUCAGCUUGUGACUUCCUAAUUCUUGAUAGAUUUGGUAUAUUUCUGAUUCACUAGAGACUAAACGUCAAAUGAUCAGAAGGCUGCUGGUGUAAAAGACUUUGGGUUGGGGUUGUUUGAAUCCCUUUCCUCCCCUCACUCUGUGCCAAACUUAUUAGAGAAGAAUCUCAAUUGAUUUGUAAAUCGAUCGUGCCAUAUCCCUAUUCCAAAAUGUCACAGGAGGAUGGCAGUUGUGUCCGGGGCUGUUCCAAUCCACCCAAGGCCACAAAUAAUUUAAAGAUUAUAUACCCUUGGCCGAUCAUUUUCAAGGAAAAUAAAACUGUAAAUAUUUGCUGUUUGGUGUCACAGAUGCACUGUCUUAGCACUUAAGAGACUCUCACUUCUGAAAACCAAGAGUUUAAUUGCUUGUUACAUAAGUCUAAAAGUGUUUCUUCACUUCAGAAACCUAAUUUGAGGCACCACUUCUUGAUUGUGAAGGGCACUUGUGUAAAAUAGAUCACCAAUGCACCACUGAAAAUGGUAGUUCAUGAGUGUGUGUGUGUGUGUGUGUGUGUGUGUGUGUGUAUGUGUAAUUGCAUAGCAGUGCUGUUUUCGUUCCUAAAUCUGAAUUUCUGGUAAUUCCACAGAGCAGGUUGUAAUGCACAACAGCCUGUUUUACGUAAUGUGAGUUUAGGUUUGGUGGCUUUCACCACACUGCAAGUGUUCAUUUAGGCUAGUUUUAUUUUUAUUCAUCAUGAGGAAGUGGAAAUGAAAUGUGAAUGAGGAAGUAAUUUUGAUGUUUGCCUGAGGUCACAUUUAGUCUUGCGUAUUUGCAGUCAAAAUCCUUUGCUUUCUCAAAUGGAAUAAAACCUGUUGUCAUAAAAGGUCAUAAAAAGCCACAAGUUGUCAUAAAACUUCUCCAAAGGGCAGUGGGCUCCCCAUCCUUUCUGCAGUUCCUUUCAACAGAUUCUGCCUGCAGAAAUGAGGCCAGUCUGUGGCAUAGAGUGCACUUCAGAUGGAGCAAUUGCAUUUUUGAAUGCUCUUCUGCGAAAAACUUGCUUAUCUGGUUGGAGGUCGAGGAGAGAAUCUAGCCCAGCUCUUUGUCUACUGUGCAGUUAUAAAUUUGCAGGCCAUUAUGAGCACAGGGGAGCCUUCAAACCCGAUUCUCUCCUUGCAGCCCUCCAGCAGCCUGAUGUGGUGCAGUUCAAUUCUACCACCUCAUUCUGCCGCAUGAGUAGAGUAGACCCAAGUCGCUUUGCCCAUGAAUCUUUGCUAUCUCAUGGAAGUCCAUGGGCCAGCUGUAGACCAUUUGGUUUUUAAGUGGCCAUACAGAUAAGAAAUACGCAACAAAUGGAGAGGACGGAUAUUGUAUGUCCCCACCACCAACUGGCCAGUAAAUGACCUCUUGGUUUGCAACCAGCAGUUGAAGUUCCUCUUCUGGCACAUAGUGUAAAUUUAUGGAGUGCAGAAAUUUACAGCUCCGAGCUGUUGGUGAAUAAGCACUGGUGGGUGGAUUCUGUCACCGUGCUUAUUUCUCUAAUACUAAAAGAAAACUGGGAAUGUUUCCCCCUCUCCCC